AGUAAACUAGAUAUUUGAAACAUAAUUAAACAAGUAAAUUAUGAGUAUCAUGAUUUAUUAUAACAACAGGAUUGCCUGAGAAAAUACAAAAGUUGAGAUUUCCCGUCAAUUAAAAAAAUAAACAUUCAAGCAGCGGAAUACAUUCCAUUGGGCUGAUCACUGUGACGCUCCCGUUUGAAAGGGGAAAAAACACUUAAUUUAUUCACAAUUUUGUAAUUUAUCACUAUGAUCAAAUGUGUAGCCUAUAUUUGUGUUCUGGCAUAGAAUCUUUUUACAUCCUGGUUGAGUUUCACUUAUAUUGUUUUCUAACAGGCACACACACCUCCCACUGUGUGUUGGUGGUGGAGGGGGAGAAAUAAAAAUAGAGAGAGGUGGCCUUCUCACCUGGCUUGAGUGACUCUUUAGCUCCUGCGCUAUUAUUUGUGGAGGGGCGUUGAGGGCAGCGCUGCAGCAUCACACAUGUGGAAAAGACAUGGCCACAACUGUGGGGGGUGUCAACUGUCACAUCGUCAUUAAUAGAAAUACACACCUUUACAUAUUCUCUUUGGAAAGUGCAUGCUCAAAGGAGAUGGCGGCAGACUGUUUAACCACAAGCAAGUCACUAUGAAUAUUUGUUAACCCUGAGGAUUCUUUUAAAGGAUCUGGUGAUGACACAGUUUUGUUACAUCAGUUAUAUUUCAAUAAUACAAAUUACACAGUUUAUAAGACUUUCAAAUGCAACAUGUACAAACAGUAUAGUCCAAAAUGUCUACCCCUAAUCAGCCUUACACAGUGCGCCUAAAUGGAUAGCUAAAACAUCACAGAAAAACACAGACUGACAUAGAGUAUGUGACAGUGUUGUUACACAGGCCUGAUCUGAAAUCUGUUAGUGAAUGCUUUGGCCCAGCUUCUCGGAGCCCCUCCCCCGCCACUUAUUGUGUGUGAACUAUAGGCAGCUAGAGGUCUGUGGUAUUUUAUUGGGAUCUUUUUUCUCUUUCUGUCUUUUCCCUUUGGUCUUUUGCUCUUUCUCUAUAACAUUGUUUUUGCAUUGCAUGUGUUAACUUGGUAGCAUUCAGUACUAUUUUAUCUCAACACUGUGUCCUAAUCACUACUACAGUUUUCCUCCAAUACUCAUCCCUCGUACGUCCUCUGCCCCCUUUCAGUCCCUCCAACCUCCUCUCCUUCCCCCUCUGACCCUGUCCAAGAGCGAUAUGCAGCGGGCAGCCACAGAAACCACAUAUACGCACCAGAAAUCUAAGAAUCACAUGUACGCAGACCACAAUGCGUUUUUCUCUUAGUAAAAAUGUUGUUUCAACUUUUUGUAUUCAAGAUGUGUUCAUUACUACUUGUCUCAACUUGUACUAGAGAUGCUAAAAUAUAUGGUGUAUUAGAUAUGACAAUUUGAUAAGAAAAUGAAAACCCUGCAAUCCUUUUUUUAUUUUAAUCCUGCCCUACUCGUGACCUACAUUAUUUGCAACAUGGCAAACUUUCUAUUAAGCACCAGCGUUAAUCCAGAGAGCAUCAGUGAUGCUGGGUUCAAGGUCAUUGCUAAUGCCCUCAAAAUAAUCUGUUUUAAAGUCAGCAAUGGGGUAAGUGUGGAGAAAAAGAAUAACCUAACCAAAAAACCCACUUCAAACUGAAUGGGAAGGCCAGUUUUACAGUCUCUGUUUAAAGUUACUGGAGACCGCUACAAAUGUGGGCUUCAGUGUCAACUUAAUUUCCGGUUGAUGCAUUGGGCUUUCAGAAUUAUGAGGUAAGUAUGUAUUUUAAAAUGAUUCCAUUUAAACCGGACGCUGGUUCUCUGUCAUUUUUCCAAUCACUUAAUUCAUGAAAUCUGUUAUCCCCUCACGGUCACUCUGACACUUCCACACUUCACCUCCAUUUGCUGGGAAAAAGGAGCCUUCUGUUAAAGCAAUUUGACUCUUGAUGCACUGAGACAGUUGUUUCCAUUUAGUCACACCUGCAAAAGGGGAGACCAACAAGGAAUGCACAAGGCACCAAACACAAGGGAGCUGCAAAAGCUUAUGAGGAGCAGCAGUCAGCAGGCCCUGUCCUCCACCAGCACUUCCAAAAACACAUUCCUCAAGGACACGAGAGAGGAGGAUGAGUAACUGCAGCAGCAGCCCUCCUUUUUCUGCAAGACAGAACCCUAAAGGGUCUGUGUUCACUCAUCAGAAUAUACAAGCUCUGUUUUUGUGAGCAAUAAUCCCCCAAAAUGAUACAAAAUAUGUAGUUUGAGUUGAUUUAGUUGAGUCACUUGCAUAGAUUAAUAUGCAUGUCCAGUGUUACAUCUUUCUCUGAACCAGAGCAUUUUCUAAUAUCGAGACACGCUCCAGUACUGUAGACAUAUCAAUGACUGCUUCGACUGAAGCAAUAAGAUUCCUAAAUACUCUGAGGUCUCUAGGUGGGGUCCCCUGCAUAUCACUUCCCUUCCCCGUAUCUUUUUCCAUGCACUGUGCCGAUGACGGCACAAUGCACAGUUUUAAAAACACCUCUCCUUUUAGAUCUCUUUUGUUUGGAUAACAUUUUCAAUUUUUUCUUUCUCCUGUAUUAACAGUCAGUGGAUUUAUUGACCUGCCCUUUCUGUUUGUAUACAGUAUUAUGUUUGUUAAAGAGCAGAGAGAAAGAUUUGCAUAUGUAAGAACUUAGAGAAGCUAGCAGAAUUGCAGUUGAAAGCGUUUGGCUGGUUUCUUACGUUGUGUCACGUGUGACUGUUUUUUUGACAGCCCAGUAUUUUAAAGCCAGGUUCGUAUGGAAAUGCCUUCACUCCACUUGCACUGCUGUUGGACUCGCCGUCGUUGCUUUCAUCCGUCUGUCUAUUCUUUUGGUGCACACAUCUGUUGUUCAGACACGCAGUGAGCGCCUCAUCUCCGCCCUCUUAGUUUGCUGAGCCCAUUUUGAACUAAUCUUUUUAUUAGUGUCAGCAGUUGCGACUGAUGCCUUAUCCAACUUGCCCUUCUUGUUUUUAAUAAUAUUUAGUUUAGAAUCUUACAGAGAUAGAAAAAAAAUAAGCUUUCUAUGAGAAAACACAUUUAAUUUAAGGUAGGGCUUAUGUUCUCUGAGCUUUCAGAACAUUUCAUUAUAAGACCCGUGGUCAGAAUUCUCUGGCCUUGGAGAUAAAAAAUAAACAAAUCAGCAAACAGGGAUUGUGUAAACACGAGACAGGAGCAGCUAGUAUAGGGUGCAUCUCAUUUUCCUUCUUGCUGAAACCUCAUAGAUCAGCUUAUUCCCCAAAUCAAUAUAGAUAAUCAUGUGUAGAGUGGUGCACCAUAAUACUGCAGUAAGAGACAGAAGCAUACCCAAUGUCGGUGGGAGGGGAGGCAUCCACUGCAGCACAUUCUGCUGUGUUUCCUACAUAAUGAAGUCAGGGGACAUGUUGUCCACCAUGCAGGAGGCAACAAACUAUUAGCCAUGCAGCCUAUCUUUGGUGGUGACAUGCCAAGGAAGUGCCAGGCAAUGUACAGUGAAAGCAUGUCAAAUGUAGGAUUUAAUGCCCCAGUUAUAAUUUAAAACAAGCAGGUGUCCUCAGUUCCCUUCCCACCAUGUGAGACCCAGCACAGAUUCCCUCCUAUCUCACCCCGCAGCAGAAAGGGAUCUGAAUGUGUCACAGAGUAAAACACAGCUCAUAGAUCCAUGAAAUAGUGUGGGGGGGGGGGGGGGGAAUACCAAACCCAACAGAAACAGGAAGUGAGGCAGUUAAGCUUCUCUCUUGGGAGGAAAACAUCAGCCAGUUGCCUUGGAUAGAUUUGUUACAAGUAUCUGGGAUUUCAAAGUUCUAAAACACUGACCUAUCGUUUUUUCUCUCUCAGAAAUAAUAAAUAGGGCAAAAGAAGGCAUCAGUUUGCUCCUAAACGCCAACAGGGUUUUAACAUGAUUAGGCCAAACGUAACAUAAAUGAGACCCUUUGGGCGGAGAUGCAGUGUGUGCUGUGUGUGUGUGACUCCCACUCACAUGCACUAACCCAUUCAAGCUCAGCUCACCUCCAACACCCCAGAAACUCACCUCCACCAUGGCUCAGCCUGCUCUGUUCUGCCCCCCCCCCCUGUCCCCACCUCCUCUUUGUCAAGAGAACUAAUUGAGCCCUGUUGAGCCAUCUCCUUCCUCUCUGUGCCUGAUCCACCUGAAACUAACAUAGUUGGAGUUUUGUUACCCGCCCUCCACCCCAGCCCGCUCCACCCCUCUGUAUGUGUACCAUUCACGCUACUAACACCGACGAUACUUUUUGUUAAAAUAAUUUAACAAAAAGGUGCAUGCUGUUUUGUUCCAACCCCUUCACUUUCUGUUUGUGAAAGUUGAUGUCAAUCUCUUUGUGAUUAUAAAUAUCCUUUAUGUUUGGUUUGUAUGUUUUUUUGGUAGAAUGCAGCACUCUGGUGAAUGUUAGCAAAGCUUGGAAUAGUUAUAAUCACAACAGAAAACACUGCUUAUUAAGAAAUCUCAUUGUUUAUUUGUGCUUGAGGAUGUACUGUAGUGGUGGGAUGAUCUUGCAUUUCUCUUAAUGUUUUUGUUUUUCUUGCUGACCCAUACUAGUGAUAUAACGCUCUCAGACAUGUGCGAUUGCCCCCCUUAGUAUACUAGGAAUUUCUGUUGUGUGUGUUCUCGCACUUCUCUCUUGCCUCUUUGAUUCAAUAUAAUGGGUCUGAUCUUGCCCACAUGUACAUUGUCUGUAUACUUUCCUAAAGUAUUCAAAUAAAACCCCCAAAUUCAUAUUUAGUUAUUAAUAUUUACUUAAUAUAAUUGCAUUGUUUAUGACCAAAUGAUGAGUCUCUUUUGUGCUCUAGCCAGGCGCCACCCCUCUUAUAAAACAGACUUUUCCAGAAAGAGAUAAUGCUUCUGACAAACUCCUGUUGUGUGCUCAGUCUUAAAAUGAAAACACUUGACAAAGUACAGACCAGAUUUUCUCGACAUUGCCUGCACUUCAUUUGAAAAAAUGGUUUAAGAGAGGAUUUAAAUAAGAGGCAAGCUAACAGCACACAUUUGUGUCUAAUAACGGUUUAGAAUCAUAAUUGUGCAUAUGGUUUGGAUCAGACCAUUGAUAAAAGACGAAAAAAUACUGGAGGUGUCCAAAUCAUUCACAACAGCUAUUUCUAGUGAAUCCAACGGGGCUACGUGCACACAAUGUCUCUCUGUCCCUCUCUUCACCUGCACACCCACAUAUCCCCUCACACGUGCAUAUCCUGUCCACCCUGGGCCUUGUAAUGGUAAUCCAAGGCCCAUUAGCCCCACUUCUGUCUCUUCCUCUUGCUAUAGUUUUUGUGACAGCUGCAUAUGUUUUCAUGGUGCUCUCCUUGUCAUGGUUACGGAAUCACAGCAAGCUUGGAGUUUCUGACCUUUGUUUUGUUAAUGCAAGAUUUCCAUACCUGUUCUGUGUCACUUUUCUUUGUGUACUAAGAUCUUGCUCUGUAGUGGUUCAUAUAUGUAUGCGUGUGUGAUACAUAUAUUGCCUCCCUCCUUCCUACCACUCCUCUUAACUUCUCAGUUAGUGGAUGUGACUCAAUGUUAUCUUUAUCAUCCAAAGUAAAAGAUAAAGAAAUGACUUUGCCUUACAAAACAGCACUCUGUAGGAGGGUGUCCUGUAGUUUACAAGCUACACAUAGCCUCAUGUAGUGUUCAUAGUGGACAAGCUACCCUUCCUCUCAGUCUCCAACCAUCUACCCCCCCACCCUAACCGUCCUUACCACUCCUUGUGCUGGAAGACACUGAUAAUACACGCUGUAGGUGAUGUGGAUGACAAUAAUGAUAAUGGUGAUGGUGGUGGUUGUGCUGAUGAUGAUGGUGUGAUCUGAGUGUCUUUUUGUUUUUGUUUGUUUGUUUUUGAUGACAACCCAACAGGGAAAAGCUCCUCUUAUUAUUGGAAUAUUUUUGGUUUUUUUCUCCUCUGUUCUCUCUGCUAGGAUAACAUUGGGCACCGGCUGCUUCAGAAACAUGGCUGGAAGUCGGGGCAAGGUCUUGGCAAAAGCAUGCAGGGUAAGGUUUGUUGGAUCCCCUCUGUAUGUCAGUAUGUGUGUGUGGGUGUGUUUUCUUUCUCCCACUCUGCAGUUGACCUCAAUGUAACACCCCUUUGACAGUGUACCGUAGGCUAAUGGCCUCUGUCAGCUUCCUCCUCUUUGCUUCAUAAUCACUAAACCUUUAUUUCAAUCUGCACAAUGAGUAAAGUGCUUCGAUUUGAACAAAGAACAACAAUCCAUUUCAAAUCAAGGUAGAUUUAGGAAGCUAUGAUUCCAUCACAUCCCUUAGAAUCAUCAUCUCCACGUACGUUAGAUUUUGUUUUCCUCUUUGAGUUUCCGUUGCUGCUGUCGGGUAUCUGAUUGGCUGUAACCACGGCUCAGACUUUGAAUGGCUUGCAGAGUAGACAUGUUUUCCCCCUUCUGCUUGUUUGCCUGUUUCUACCUCAAAACCUGUGAAGCUUGUGUGUAUGUGCCGUGCGUGGUCAUCAUGUGGGACUGAGAUGUGUGUGUGUGUGUCUGUUACUGACCGGGCCAUAGAGUCAACUUACAGGGAAAACCUCACCACCUUUCUACACCCCAAAUGUCUCUGUCCCCAUGGUAAAACACUCCCGUCCUCCCCCCGUUUCUUUGCCCCUCCUGCACAGCAUGUUUGUCCUAGCGGUGCACUCCUGCCUGCCUCAAACCGUCACACUCACCUGGGGCUUUAAGCAGUGUUGGAGGUACUGAGCUACUACUUUAACAGGAUAGAGUGAAAUGUAACACAUUUUUAUGAUACUUUGGGAAAACUGCUGCUAGAUAGCAACACAGACCACGCUCUAAGCACUGCUCAAAGCCUUGCUGGCUCUUUGCUCAGGUACAUUUUUAUGUAUGUCAUGUGUUCACUUGUUCUAGGGUAAAGCACGCCCCAAAACAAUCUCGCUGGCUGUAGGCUAGUAAGGAAAUGAAAGAUUCUCAGGGAGAUCUGCUAUGACUGGGCUGACAAGCAUCUGCCUCGCAAAACGCUUAAAGGGGGGAAAUGGUGGUCGUCCCUAAAGGCAUCAAUCGUCUCAGACUAGAUAGUUGUCCCCAUGAUAAAACAAAAUUAAACGUAAAGACUGGCAACAGAGGCUAGGCCUGUCACAAUAAUUACUUUCGAUUUUAUAGUACGAUCUUUGGACAUGACCACAAAGGUUCUAACGGACCUUGAUAUUGCCUGUUGCACGAGUGUUUGUAAAGAUAAGAAUGUCACAAACAGCAUGCCAGAAUAAACAGUGAGGUUUCCAUAGCAUUAUCAGACCUGCAUUGCACAGUUCUGUUAUCAGAGCCAGUGUGUUCCAUUUCUUUUUUCUAUUUCUAUCACAUUCCAAUCCAAUAUAUUAAUAUACUUAAGGAGUUCAAGUCUGUUGCUAUUUGACAUAUUUUACUUGCAUUAUUAUGCCAUUAUUUUAUCAAAUCUGUGGCAUAAAAAUAGUCUUUAAAAAUGUCAAUAAUGUCAUUUAUCGCAAUAUGAUGCAGUAUAUUGUCUAAUGUAACUAUCGUGACAGGCCUACCAGACUCUCCACAGUAGAUGUUAGUUUUGAUUCACAACUCUUGCCUUUUAGCUUUUACCUAUCAUAGUUAAUAUUGAGUCGUAGGUUUUUAAAUCACUCCCUUACCCAUUGUAGCUCCUCUAAAACCACCUAUAUGACUGGGUUUCUAAUUUUUCUUCUCGGUAAUGGAGGGAUACAGGACUUGGGGCAGAUUUUGUAAGGGGGGGUAGUUUGGUACCUUGGGGGCAUAUUGUGGUUUAGAGAGUGAGGCAAUGCCAGGCUAGGGGCCCGGGGAUUGGGACCAGUGGUUGGGAGAGAGUGGUGAGAGGAAAUCCCUGUAAGCACCUGGCCAUGAGUGAAGGGGGGUGGGGGGGUGACACACUAAACCCCCUCUGGUAAUAAACCCCAAAGACACACUCCAAACCCCACCCUCCCUUCUCUGUGUGCCUCAAUCUUCCUGCUUAACCAAUUGGUGUUUCUUUUUUACAGCGAUUUGAUCCUGCCCAUGUUGUGCUGAUGGUAAACUUAGUGGACGCACCGACCCUGUACCCAUCACCCUCAAAUAUGAUGUCAUGGGGAUGGGACGCAUGGAGAUGGAGCUGGACUAUGCAGAGGACGCCACAGAGAAGAGAAGAGUGCUCGAAGUUGAGAAGGAAGACACAGAAGAACUGCGGCAAAAAUACAAGGACCAGGUGGAAAAGGAGAAAGCCAUUGCAAAGGCUUUGGAAGACCUGAGAGCCAAUUUCUUCUGUGAGCUAUGUGAAAAACAGUACACCAAACACCAGGAGUUUGACAACCACAUCAACUCUUACGACCACGCUCACAAGCAGAGGCUUAAAGAGCUCAAACAGAGAGAGUUUGCUCGUAAUGUGUCAUCUCGCUCCCGGAAAGGUGGAAAAAAGCAAGAAAAGCUGCUGCGCAGAUUGCACGAGUUGGCUGAGCAGAGGAAACAACAGGACCGCACUCCAGGAAGUGGGCCCAUGUUCAAACCUACCAUAGUGGCUGUGGAUGGAGAGACUUUAGAAGAUGGCGACAUAAUGCCUGAAAACACUGAUUUGACAGACUGUGUCCCGGAAGCACCCCUUGAAGAGAAAAUUGAGGAAGCCUCCCCGAAACCAGCUCCAACCAUCAGCUUCUCUCUGGGGAGGAACAACUCCUCAUCCCCGACCCCUAGUGGGGCAUCCAAAGUUAGUGUGUCCUUUUCUUUUGCCAAGAAAGCCCCAGUGAAGCUGGAAACAGCCGCCGCAGUGUUUGCUGAUCAUGGCGAGGAGGCUAUGGAGGAAGAAGAGUCACAGGAUGGAGAAAAGGCUGGAGGGCAAGAGGAGGUUUCUGGCAGCAGCUCAGACAGCCCUAAGGAAGGUGAAGGAGAAGGUGAAGGAGGAAGUGAAGCAGGAGAGAGCGUUAGUGUGGCAGUGGCAGAAGAGGUGGAGCAGCCUGAUGACGGAGCCUCUCUAGCCUCCACUCUCAACAAAUUAAAGAUGAUGAUGAAAAAAGAGGAAGGAUAUGCAGGACAGGAGCCGGAGUACUAUCACUAUAUACCUCCUGUUCACUGCCGGGUGAAGCCUCACUUCCAGUUCCUGCUGUUUAUGAAGGCCACUGAUCAGUGUCUGAUCAAAGCAGACGACGAAGAGGAAGAGGGGCAGGAGGAGAGGAAGAAGGUUGAAGAAACGACUAAAGAGACAGAGCCCGACGCUACAGAGGAAUGCAGACCUGAGAAAGAACUAGAUAAUGUCCCUCCAUCCCCUGACCCAGAGCCGACUCCUCCGUCUCCUAAAGCAAAGACGGAGGAUGUCUCUACCCCUGCAGCAGAUACAGUCUCAUUGCCCACUUCCCCUGUUCAGAAAGCGGAGAGCACACAGGAUAGAAAGGAUUCCAACUCGGGUCCUAAGAUCCCCACAGGUCCCUUCUUCCCAGUUCUGAGCAAAGAUGAGAGCACUACCCUGCAGUGGCCCUCUGAGCUCCUCGAAUUCACCAAAUCUCAGCCCUCCCUGUCCUACAGCUGCAAUCCCCUCUACUUUGACUUCAAGCUGUCCCGCAACAAAGGAGUGCGUGCUGGGAAAGCAACAAAGUCUCCAAAGCCUUGUGAAGCGUCUAAUGACAAGGGGCAAGAGAUGGCGGCUUCAACAACAACAACAACAACAACAACAACUGUAGAUGCAAAGACUAAACCUGGGACCAGCACUGACAAUGAUAAGCCAACAAAAAAAGGAGAGCUUGAGCAAGUAGAAAGUGAGGAGCAAAAGCUUCAAACCGGAAGCACUAGUGCCAAGAAAAAAAAGAAAAAGAAGAAGCACAAGAAGUCUGCAAAGCACUCAAAACGCAAGACUGGAAAAGAUGGGAAGGAAGCCAAAGAAAAUGCGGAGGGUGAGACCGAGGCAACGCAAGAGAAGCCCAAAAAGAAGAAAAAACACAAACGGAAGAAGAACAAAAACAAGGAUCCCAAUCCAGAUGAGGCAGCUGUUGAUGAAAAGGAAAAAGCCAAACCAAAGUCAGAAGAUAAAACCGUGGCCUCGUCUGUUCAGCUGACAACUGGAAGGGGAGAAGCUACAGGAAACACAGCAGUAGAAACAGGGAAGAGGAAACGUGCUAAUAAGGAAGUGCCUUGUAAGUCUGGAGCAGAGGAAGGAGGAGCUGGAAAAGGCAACGACAAAGUCAACUCCUCAGAGGAGCACAGUGGCGCAAAACGUCAAAAGACUGACUCCAGUGAGAAAUCUCAGAGUGCCUCCUGCUCCUCCUCAGCCCAAAAGAAUCCCGGUCCCGGUCGACCUCCCAGCAGCGGGAGUGAAGAAGGAGGGGGCUCUAAUACCAAGCGCUCACGGCAUCACAGGUCAAGUCCUCGGGAACAACGGCGUCACCGCAGCGAGGAAUCGAGGCGGUCCUGCAGCCGCUCUUCGAGGCGGGGGGAGAGACGGGGCAGCAGUCGCCGGCGCCAUCAUGGCCAAACCUCCCGUAGCCACUCGUACUCCAGCAGCUCCGAGCGCUCCUCGGCAGGCAGCAGCGCCUACAGCCGUCGCAGCCGCAGCAACUCCAGCUACAGCAACUACAGCAAAGAGGGCCGCAGGCGGAGGCACUCCAAACGCUCCUCAGACUCUGAGUACGAGCGAAGAGGAAGCCGAGGACGUAGACGAUCCAGGAGACAUCGUUCUUCCUCUUCCUCCUCAGAAGAAUCCCGAUCACGUUCACGCAGUCACAGCCGCAGGAAGAGGCACCGGCGGCACCAUCGCAGCAGCUCGAGAAGCUCCAGCAGCUGGAGCCGCAGCACCAGCCCGAGAUCCUGGAGGCGCAGCUACAGCCGAAGCCACAGCUCAGCCAGCCGCUCCUCCAGCUCCACCAAGGGCUCUUCUCGCCGACGAGCUCCCAGGGCUCGAGUGGAAACCGACGCACAACGCAGAGACUUCAACCGCUCGUGCAUCUACCGCUCCCAGUCUCCGCGUUCAUCUUCCUCACGAGGCCUUAACCGCAACACCCAUUCAUCCAGCUCACAGUCUCUGAGGCAAGGGGGGUCCCGGGAUGCAGGAGAACAGAAAAACAGCCUUACUGCACGCCAGCUGCUGGAGAAGGUUCAGUCCAAAAGGAGCUCUGAUGUUUCUGCCACAGGAACAAAAUCUGGGAAUAAGAUUAAAGAUCCACCACAGGGAUACUUUGGACCCAAACUACCCCCGACCAAAUCCAUGCUGCCGCUCUUUGGUAAGCUGCAGGCCGGAAAGAAACCCCUGUUUCCCCUCACCAGACCUAUGGAGGUUGAGAAAUCAGGAGCUGGAAAGUUUAUUGAGCCAGAAGUUAUCCUGGUAGAGCCUAUACGGGAGUUCCCCCCUCCCCCCCCACCACCAGCUCCCCCGGUGCAGAAGGUCGAGGAGGCCCCACAGAUCACAGUUGUGCAAGAGGAGACACAGCAUCCCGCUAUAGAAGCUCCUGUUCACCAAGAACCCCUGCCGCUGUUCGAACCCGAUGAGCCUUCCAUGGCGAUGGCCCAGUACCAAGCAGAAUCUGGACAGGACCCUUCUCAGAACCCCAUGAUGGAGUCCCUCAUGCCAGAAAUGCAGCAUCAGCAGCAUCAGAUGCAUGCCUACCCUGCUUACCCCCCACCCAGCCUAGAGGAGGAGUGCAUGGAGGCGGAGGAAGACGGCCUGGCUCCUUUAGAGAGUCAGCCCAUCACGUUCACACCAGAGGAGAUGGAGAAAUACGGCAAGCUGCAGCAGGCUGCUCAGCAGCACAUCCAGCAGCAGUUAAUGGCCAAGCAGGUGAAGACUUUUCCCUCAGCUGCUGCCGCCGCUGCCAGCCUGGCUCAGCCCCCCCCUCCCCCCACCAUGCAGCAGAUCCACAUCCAGCAGCCCACUAUGUCCAUGGCCUCCGGCACAUCAAUCACCACAGUGCAGCACGCCAUCCUGCAGCACCACGCAGCUGCAGCGGCAGCCAUGGGCAUCCACCAACACCCUGCACAUGCCCACCACCCUCACCCUGCACAUGCCCAGUUAGCCCAGGUACACCACAUUCCCCAGCAUCACCUCACCCCCAUCUCCCUGUCUCCUCUGGGCCACUCCCUGAGUCACUCUCUGGGACACACUCUGGGACACUCUCUGGGACACACACUGGGACACUCUCUGGGACACUCACUGGGACACUCACUGGGACACGCAGGACUGAUCCCUGCCCACCACACCGCCUUCCUCUCCGGUCAGCCCAUACACAUUAUCCCAGCAUCUGCACUUCACCACGGCCCCUUAGCUCUCCACCAUGUACCACAUGGACUCUACCCCACACUUUUUUCAUCCCGCCCCUCACAGGCUGCUGCAGCAGCAGCUCUCCAACUUCACCCGCUGCUACACCCCAUCUUCUCAGGGCAGGACCUCCAGCACCCACCUAACCAUGGCUCCUGAGUAAUACAAGCAAAGUAUAGUCACAGCCACAACCACUGAAAGAAAGAAAGACUGGACCUGAACCGGCUUACGUCAGGGUUUGGAUGAAGUCUUUGAGACAGAAAGCUGUCAAUAAGCAGCCCUUCUACUGACCAACACAGGGCAGGAGUUGUAGCCACAAAGUGGUGCUUGUGUCCCACUCAGAGUUGACAUUUUCCUCUGGCUUUUGCAAGAUAUUUUUUUAUGCAUUGCCCUGAACUUCUAAAAAAGAAGUUCAAGUUUAAAGAGACUUCUUAAAGACAUGGUUUGUAUUCGAACUUGAGGUAAAUUAACACAACCCAUUUACUUUUGAAUGAUGAAUAACAGAAAUCACUGGAGUUUGUUUUGUUUUCCAUAUAAAUAUUAUUUCGGACUUUUUUGCUCAUCUUGGCAGCCAUAGAGUGACGUGCUGGCUGAAGCUAUAAGCUGAACCAUGUUAAGAUGAGGAGUACGUGGUAGGCUUUGACUCUAUAAUGUACCCUUCAGAGACAGACUACUUCAUAUUUACUGGUAUUGUUUAUGUUCUAAUAUGACUACUUGAUCUCUAUUGGAUCCUUGGUCUCAAUUCAUUUGUAAUGCAGUAACGUGUACAUAUAUCAGUGUGUAAUGUGAAGAAUCCCACCAAUGAUGACCAUAUACAAUGACCGCUAUGGUGUCCAAGUCGGUAUGACAAUGUCCCUUAUGAAUCAUUCUCUUAGUGGGAAAGACGGGGGGGGGGGUGGUUGGUUGAAGGAGGGGUUUGAACAUCCCUGAUGCUCUGAGGCAAAGCCCAUGUCCCCUGUGUGGGGGUGCACCUGAAUAAAUUGCACUGAAAAUCUGUACAUCGAGAUGGUGCGUUUGCAUCAUGUAACAAUAAGAUUGUAGUAUACUGCAAUAAUUGUAUUUUUCUGUUUUUAAAUUAUUUUCCAAAAUGCUCUUCAAAAGAAGGGUUGUGUUUUGCUUUUGUGUAAUUUUGUAAAUAAAGCGGCUGUAGAUUAACCUAUUAACGUUCUAGCAGUUUGGUAUUGGUAAAAGCAGAAUUACAAGAUGGAUGGAAGAUGGUCACGUGAAAUGUAUUCUAUCAAGUUUGUUUCUAAAUGAACCCGGUUAACAGUGGCUGGGAUGGCAAAGGAUGGGGAUCUGUGAAGCAGCCUCUGUGUUUCAGCUAAUAAAAUCUUGAGUUCA